AUGGACAUUUUGGGCCCUUUACCCGAAACGGACAGUGGAAACAAGUAUGUGCUAGUCGUGGGAGACUAUUUCACGAAAUGGAUAGAAUCGUAUCCAUUACCAGAUCAGGAGGCGGAGACGGUUGCUAGGGUACUAGUGGAGGAGUUUAUUUGUCGGUAUGGGAUACCAAAAGAACUACAUAGUGAUCAAGGGAGGAAUUUUGAAUCAAGGCUGAUGGCAGAGAUGUGUAAGAUGCUUGGUAUUAAGAAAACAAGGACUUGCCCACUACACCCACAAGGAGAUGGAUUUAUAGAAAGAUUUAAUAGAACCUUACUGGGUAUGGUGUCGUCAUUGCUCGAUCCAGAUGGUGAACAGAAGGACUGGGAUGAGAGGAUACCAUUUGCUAUGUUGGCAUACAGAUCAGCAGUCCAGGAAUCAACUGGAGAAAGUCCUGCUAUGAUGAUGCUUGGAAGAGAAAUCAGUCUGCCGGUAGAUUUGCUGUUACCUUCUCCAACACCUGCAAAUGAAGAAGAAUCGGACUAUGUCAGUGAUGUGAGGGAAAAGUUACAUGAGGUACAUGAAGGUGCUAGAGAAAAACUUGGAAUUGCAGCUGAAAGACAGGCUAAGUCUUAUGAUAGAAAUAUUAUUCAGCGAAGUUUUACGACUGGAGACUGGGUGUGGUUAUUCGACGCAUCAAGGAAGAAAGGAGUGUGUCCUAAGCUGAGCAUGAAAUGGAAAGGACCAUUUAUGGUGGUAACCAAACUUUCAGAUGUUGUGUAUCGAAUUCAGGAAUCAUCGAGAAGCAAACCAAAGAUAGACGAGAUAGAUGAGGAGAUCAUAGAAGAACGACGGAAACUACAGGAAAGUAGGGAGAAAGAAGAAGAAGAGAGACAACUCGAUGAAGAAGGAAAGCAGCUAGAAGAGGAGAAGCGGAAGAUAGAGGAGGAGGAGAGAAGGUUAGAAGAAGAGAAGAGAAAAUUAGAGAGAAGGAAACGUGACAAGGAAGCAAAGCAGAGAAGACAGGAAGAAGAGAGGCUAGAGAAAGAAAGGGAGCUUGAGAAGAAGAGAUUAGAAGAGGAGGAGAAGAGACUGAAGGCAGAGAUUAGACAGAUUGAGAAGAAUUCAGAAGGCAACACAGAAGAGACCCCAGAAUGUAGAGUGGUUGAGCUUGUCAGUGAUAAGAAGACUAUUUCCAUAAACCUUCCUGAAUGCCAGAGUGAACAAAUCCAAAUAGUUACCAAGGUUACGAUUGCCACAUCUUACUAUGUCAAGACAAAGAAUGGAUAUGUUCUAAAAAGAAGAUUAAUUGACUCUCACUAUCCAGAGAAAAGACCAAAGUUACAAAGUAAUUUGUUGUACAUUUUUAUGAUCCUCAUGUAUUUUGUAUGA